GGGAUGAGAGGGGAUGGUAAAUGGUAUAGUAAUUUACUUGUUGUAUCACAACAACGACAUAAUAUUGACGAUCUAACACAAAUUGAAAUUCAGAAUUUACCGAUCUCUGAUUUUACAAUAUUUUUAAAUAUUUCUGCAUUUAUAAUAAGAGUAAUUAUUUUAUAUAAAUUGUAAUGAUUGCGACUUUAUUCUAUAUCAGCAAAAAUCCCUCUCUUCCCUAAAAUCCCAGGGAGAAUUUUACUAGUAUAAAUUUAUAAUUACAGAGAACAGUAAAGAACUAGGGGAGUAAAUUAGUAAAUCUGGACUCACUGUUGUUUGAAUCUUACCUUUAUAUUUUUUGGCAAUUUCUUUUUUCAGGUCCUCUUCUUUCUUCAAAUCCUUGUGUGAAUUUUCCCUUUCCCUUUUUAGCUGCUUUUUCCUUUUCCCUCAGACAAAUUGAUUCCUAACUUUCUCUGUGGAUUUUCCACUCACUCUUCCUUCCUCUCUGUCAUCCACAACAGAACUCUUCUCUUCGCCGUCCACCGCUACGUCGCCAUUUGUCGGUGCUCCAAUCUCGUACCGAGUUUUCCGAUUUGCUGUACGGAAAUGGCAAAACGUGGCUACAAAUUGCAGGAAUUUGUGGCGCAUUCUGGGAAUGUAAACUGUUUAAGAUUUGGGAAGAAGACACGUAGGCAGUUUCUCACAGGUGGAGAUGAUCAAAAUGUGAAUCUUUGGUCCAUUGUCAAACCAACAUCCACCGCCAGCCUAAGUGGUCACACGAGUCCAGUAGAAUCUGUAGCGUUUGACUCAGCAGAGGUUCUAGUGCUUGCUGGAUCUUCAUCAGGUGUAAUAAAGCUAUGGGAUCUGGAAGAAACAAAAAUGUAGUGGUUCGCACUCUUAAUGGACACAGAUCGUAUUGCACGGCUUGUGAAUUCCAUCCUUUUGGUGAAUUUUUUGCAUCUGGAUCUAUGGACACUAAUCUCAAGUUAUGGGAUAUAAGAAAGAAAGGGUGCAUCCAUACAUACAAAGGUCACACUCGAGGAAUAAGUACCAUUAGAUUCUCUCCUGAUGGCCGCUGGGUGGUUUCUGGUGGAUUUGACAAUGUUGUGAAGGUAUGGGACCUAACAGCUGGAAAGCUCUUGCAUGAUUUCAAGUCCCAUGAAGGGCAUGUUCGAUCUAUAGAUUUCCAUCCACUUGAGUUUCUUCUGGCAACAGGUUCUGCGGACCGUACUGUAAACUUUUGGGAUUUGGAAACAUUUGAAUUGAUUGGAUCUACCAGACGUGAGGCUGCAGGAGUACGAUCAAUGACCUUUCACCCUGAUGGAAGGACUCUGUUCUGUGGACUGGAUGAUAGCUUGAAGGUUUAUUCAUGGGAGCCUGUAAUUUGUCAUGACUCUGUUGAAAUGGGAUGGUCAACUUUAAGCGAUCUCUGCAUACAUGAUGGGAAGCUUGUAGGUGGUGCCUAUUACCAAAACUAUGUUGGUGUUUGGGUUGCAGAUAUUUCGCUUAUUGAGCCCUAUGGAGCUGGUUUAACUCCAGAGAGACAAAGUAACUUGGAGCAGAAACAGGAACAUGUGGAGUGUCGUCUAGAAAGAGUAGGAAGCAACAGGAGUUCUAAUUCAAGUCUGCGCUGCACAUCACCUGACAUUGAUUCCAAAGAAAUAAAGAAUAUAUAUGUGGAUAGUGAAAAUCCUGUAACCAUAAAGAAAGUUACUCCUCAUUCUCCAAAAGUGGUUCCCCCUUCAGAUUAUAAGGAAAACAAGAAACAGUCGAGCCAGAAGCUUAGUUCUGCCAUUGAUUUACCUGCAAAAACUAAUGGAUCAGCAGUAAGUAAAUCAUUUAUCGUCCCCAGUGUUGUGCCUCGUGAUAUUCCAGAGGCAAAGAACUUGGAUACUUGUAGAAGGGAAUCUAUUACUGCAAACAGGGCAAGUGGUGGUAUAUCACAAAAGCCGUCUCACAUAAAGCGCCUGUCCAACAACAAAUUCGAUAUGGAGAAGAUUUCUGUGACUCUCGAGUCUGAAUCUGCUGACAAGUUGCCUUGUACAGUAGAUUGUAAGAACGAAUCAGAUAUUGAUAGCAGGCGUAUGACAGAUAAUAGUUCCAGGGAGUGUUCUGAGGCAAAAGAUUCAGCUGUCAAGCAUGGUGGAGAACAGCCUGAGAAAGUAUCAUUGCUACCACCGCUAAAUAAUCAGGAGAACCGUAAUGUGGGCUUGGAAGGCAGGAAAGAGUUAAAUCCGGUUAAAUUUGUGAAUGGAGUGGCAGUAGUGCGAGGAAGGACACGCAGUUUGGUUGAGAGGUUUGAGAAAAGAGAAGGGUUGAACAUGGAUGAUAUCCUUAAGCUAGAUGCGGUGUCUCAUUCUAAAACUGAGGAAGUAGAAAUAUCCCCUUUGGCACCUUCCUGUUGUAAAGAUGAGGAACCAGAAACCUUCAUUAAAAAAAGAGAUGAGGAACCAGAAACAACCCCUUCGACAGCUUCUCGUUUUAAAGCAGAGGAAGCAACACGCCCUUUGCCUCCAUCUCAUUCUGGAAUCGAGGAAGCAAAUGCAUGUACUUUGCCAGCUUCUCAACAUGAAGUUGAGGAAUUAGAAGCAUCCAAUAAGCCUGAUUCUAAGUUUAAAUCUGAGGAAGUAAAAACAACCCAUUUACCAGCUUCUCAUGUUGAUAAGUUAGAAGCAUCUCUUAUGCCAGCUUCUCAGUUUGAAUCUGAGGAAGUAAGAGCAUCUCAUUUACCAGUUUCUUGUUCCAAAGCUGAGCAAUUUGAAGCAUCCCCUAAACCAGCUUCACAGGUUAAAUCCGAGGAUGUAAGAAAAUCCCGUUUACCAGCUUCUCGUUCAAAAGCUGAGGAAUUAGAAGCAUCCCCUGUGCCGUCUUCACAGAUUAAACCUGAGAAUGUAAGAAGAUCCCGUUUGCCAGCUUCUCGUCCUAAAGCUGAGGAACUGGAAGCAUCCCCAAUGCCUGUUUCUAAGUUUAGGACCGGAGCAAGAACAUCCCGUUUGUCAGCUUUUCGUCCAAAAACUGAGGAAGCUAAAACAUCACGUUUAUUAGCUUCUCGUUCUAAAGCUGAGGAAGCACAAACAUUCCGCUUGUUGUCUUCUGGUUCUAAUGCUGAGGAACCAGUAACAGCCCCUUUGCUGAAUACAGAUCAGCAGACUAUUGCACGGCAUGAGUCAGCUCAGAAUAAUAAUGUUGUUAUUGAAGAUCUUAUGCAGGGCCAUGAUGUGCUACUAAGUUCGUUUAGAUCUCGCCUGACAAAGUUGCAGGUAGUUCGUCACUUUUGGGAACGGAAUGACAUUAGGGGUGCUAUAAAUGCCUUGAGGAAGUUGCCAGACCAUUCCGUACAAGCUGAUGUUGUUAGUGUCCUCGUAGAUAAAAUGGAGAUUAUCACAUUGGAUUUGUUUUCCUGCUUGCUGCCUGUACUACUAACCUUACUUGAUAGUAAGGUAGAAAGGCAUGCAAAUGUUUCCCUGGAGCUGCUGUUGAAACUUGUUGCAGUCUUUGGGCCGGUAGUUCGUUCAGCCGUUUCAGCACCUCCAUCUGUAGGGGUUGAUCUUCAUGCAGAAGAAAGAAUCCAGUGCUGCAAACAGUGCUUUGCGUAUCUCCAAGACAUACAGAAAGUACUUCCAGCACUUACUAGGAGAAGUGGUCUGUUGGCAAAAGGUGCAUUACAAUUAAAUCUCCUACUUCAGGAAUCGUAGUCCAGUUUAUCAUACAACAGAAUGGAAGUUAGCUAAUAUAGAUAUUAUCCAACUGAUGGGCUCUUUUUGGACUCCACAAUUUUGUUCGUCGGAUUUCCACGCUUGCUACCAUUUUCAACAUCCUUGUAAUAGCGGAAAACAGGCAAGACGGAGAUGCGAUGUCUGUCCUCUGCCACUGCAACUGGUUUCGGAGCAACUGUAAAAUUCUGGACAUAUAACCUUUUGGUGAUCACAAAUGGCUGUCUUCUUUCAAAUACGGCAUGAACAUACUUAAAGUUCCUGGCUGUAUGUAUCCAUAUGUAAGUUGUGUACAUGUAUCUGUAAUAGUAAAAAUGGGAUGUAUAUUACAUCAUUUGAUCAAUGAAACAUAUGUUCAUACGUCUUUUCUUCUCUUGCUAUCGAAACUCAAAAUAUUGUAUUUUGUUCUCAAGUUUACUAUAAAGUUUCAGUGGUCAA